GGUCCCCGCCCUGGAGGGCCGCCUCUGGAGAGGGGAGCGCGGCGCGUGGUGGCGGCGCGGAGCCUAGUGGGAGCGACGGGGAGCGAGGGGGAGACGCGCCCCAGGCGCGCGGCGGCGCCCCUCAUUUCCGCCUCGCGGUCUGGGUCCCUCGCCGCCUUGGGGUGUGGGCGCGCGGGGCCGCGGGAGCCGGCAGGGCGGAGCGGCUUUUCCAGGAGAAAGGGCCCUUACGGUUUGGGAGAGCCCAUGGUGACUGCGUGAGUGGAGCCCAGCUGUGUGGAUGCCCCAGCAUGGAUGACUACACGGUCCUGAGAAUGAUUGGGGAGGGCUCCUUUGGCAGAGCUCUUUUGGUUCAGCAUGAAAGCAGUAAUCAGAUGUUUGCCAUGAAAGAAAUAAGGCUUCCCAAGUCUUUCUCUAAUACACAGAAUUCUAGGAAGGAGGCUGUUCUUUUAGCCAAAAUGAAACACCCCAAUAUUGUUGCCUUCAAAGAAUCAUUUGAAGCUGAAGGACACUUGUAUAUUGUGAUGGAAUACUGUGAUGGAGGGGAUCUAAUGCAAAAGAUUAAACAGCAAAAAGGAAAGUUAUUUCCUGAAGACAUGAUACUUAAUUGGUUUACCCAAAUGUGCCUUGGAGUAAAUCACAUUCACAAGAAACGUGUGCUACACAGAGAUAUCAAGUCCAAGAAUAUCUUCCUCACUCAAAAUGGAAAAGUGAAAUUGGGAGACUUUGGAUCUGCCCGUCUUCUCUCCAGUCAGAUGGCAUUUGCUUGUACCUAUGUGGGAACACCUUAUUAUGUGCCUCCAGAAAUUUGGGAAAACCUGCCUUAUAACAAUAAAAGUGACAUCUGGUCCUUGGGAUGCAUUCUCUAUGAACUCUGUACCCUUAGGCAUCCAUUUCAGGCAAAUAGUUGGAAAAAUCUUAUCCUCAAAGUGUGUCAAGGGUCCAUCAGUCCACUGCCAUCUCAUUACUCUUACGAACUUCAGUUCCUAGUCAAGCAGAUGUUUAAAAGGAAUCCCUCACAUCGCCCCUCAGCUACAACGCUUCUCUCUCAAGGCGUCAUAGCUCGGCUUGUCCAGAAGUGCCUACCCCCCGAGAUCAUCAUGGAAUAUGGUGAGGACGUAUUAGAAGAAAUAAAAAAUUCGAAGCAUAAUACACCAAGAAAAAAAACAAACCCCAGCAGAAUCAGGAUAACUUUGGGAAAUGAAGCAAGCACAGUGCAAGAGGAAGAACAAGAUAGAAAGGGUAGCCAUGCUGAUUUGGAAGGCAUUAAUGAAAAUGUAGUUGAAAGUGCGUUGAGAAGAGUAAAUAGAGAAGAAAAAGGUAAUGAGUCAGUCCAUCUGAGGAAAGCCAGUUCACCAAAUCUUCACAGACGACAGUGGGAGAAAAAUGUACCCAAUACAGCUCUUACAGCUUUGGAAAAGGCAUCCAUACUCACCUCCAGUUUAACAGCAGAGGAUGAUAGAGGUGGUUCUGUAAUAAAAUACAGCAAAAAUACUACUCGUAAGCAGUGGCUCAAAGAGACCCCUGACACUUUGUUGAACUUCCUUAAGAAUGCUGAUCUCAGCUUGGCCUUUCAAACAUACACAAUAUAUAGACCAGGUUCAGAAGGGUUCUUGAAAGGCCCCCUGUCUGAAGAAACAGAAGCAUCGGACAGUGUCGACGGAGGUCACGAUUCUGUCAUUUUGGAUCCAGAGCGACUUGAGCCUGGGCUAGAUGAGGAGGACACGGACUUUGAGGAGGAAGAUGACAACCCCGACUGGGUGUCAGAGCUGAAGAAGCGAGCUGGAUGGCAAGGCCUGUGUGACGGAUAAUGCCUGAGGGAGUGUCCCUGAGUCACACUGAGGAGAGGCUUCACUCAGGAGUUCAUGUUGAGAUGAUCAUGAGUUUGUGCAAUGUAUAUUUUCCUUUGGAAACAGAAUGAAGCAGAGGAAACUCUUAAUACUUAAAAUUUUUCUUGAGUAGUAUCAUGAGUUUGAAAAGUCUGGAACUCCUGUAAGUUUUUGAAUUCGAGAGAGAAGGUGUAGUGGAAUGAGUGUGAGCAUUGGACUUUGCAGUCCCAUAGAACAGAAAUGGGAUGCUAGCCUGCCACUACCUACUUGUGUGAUUGUGGGAAAUUACUUAAUCUCUUCAAGCCCCAAUUUCCUUAACCAUAAAAUGAAGAUAAUAAUGCCCACCUCAGAGGGAUGCUGACCAUAGACCAUUACAGCAGCCCGUAUGUUAUUCACAUGAUUUGUGUUUAUUAUUAUGUGACUCUUUUUACACUUCCUAAAGGCUUGAAAAUUAAAUAUAUUUAAUUAUGAU